AUGCUGAUGAUAUUUGCCUUGACUGCAGCGCUCCUGUGGGGGCAGCUAGCGUUGGCCCUUACUCCGGCCGAAUGGCGCAGUCAAUCAAUCUAUUUUUUGCUCACCGAUCGCUUUGGCCGUGAUGAUAGAUCGACUACCGCUACUUGCAACACUGAAGAUCGGUUGGACUAUAUCCAAGGAAUGGGAUUUACUGCCAUUUGGAUUACUCCGGUCACAGAACAGCUGCCUCAAAACACCGGCUACGGGACAGCAUACCAUGGAUACUGGCAGCAAGACAUAUAUGAAGUCAAUCCCCACCAUGGAGACGCUGCGGAUCUCAAGGCCCUGUCAGAUGCACUCCAUGCCAGAGGCAUGUAUCUGAUGGUGGAUGUAGUUGCGAACCAUAUGGGCUACGCUGGUAGCGGUAAUAGCGUGGACUACAGCGUCUUCAAUCCCUUCAGUUCAUCGUCAUACUUCCACUCCUACUGCCUGAUCAGCAACUAUAACGACCAGUCAAACGUCGAGAAUUGCUGGCUGGGAGACAAUACCGUAUCACUACCUGACUUGGACACAACCCAAAGCUCUGUUCAGACUAUUUGGAACGAUUGGAUUGCCGCUUUGGUGUCGAACUACUCUAUCGAUGGACUGCGUAUUGAUACUGUCAAACAUGUGCAAAAGUCCUUUUGGCCUGGCUUCAAUGACGCUGCAGGUGUCUACUCGGUAGGAGAGAUCUUUGACGGAAAUCCAGCUUACACUUGCGACUACCAAAAUUAUUUGGAUGGUGUGCUGAACUACCCAAUUUACUACCCGCUCUUGAAUGCUUUCAAGUCAUCUAGUGGAAGUAUCAGCGACCUCUACAACAUGGUCAACACCGUGGCCUCUGACUGUGCCGACCCGACCCUUUUGGGUAACUUCAUUGAGAACCACGACAACCCUCGGUUCCCAAGUUACACCAGCGACUUUUCCCAAGCCAAGAAUGUCAUCAGUUUCUUGUUCUUAUCCGAUGGUAUUCCCAUCAUAUACUCGGGCCAGGAACAGCACUACGAUGGGGCGGAGGAUCCCGCGAACCGUGAAGCACUGUGGUUUUCGGGAUACUCUACCACCGCAGAGCUUUACAAAUGGAUUGCUACCACCAACAAAAUACGCCAACUGGCCACCUCGGCGGAUUCCAGCUACAUCACAUCUAAAAAUUCACCCUUCUACCAGGAUAGCAACACAAUCGCAAUGAAAAAGGGCUCUGUGAUCACGAUUCUUUCGAACAAAGGAGCCUCCGGAUCUUCUUACACGCUUUCUCUCGGUGGAAGUGGGUAUUCAUCGGGCACAAAGCUGAUGGAGCUGUACACCUGCACGUCUCUUACGGUCGAUUCAAACGGCAACGUACCCGUGCCCAUGAUUUCCGGACUUCCUCGUGCUCUGAUACAAGCUUCAUCAAUCGGUAACACCGGACUAUGUGACUCAACAGCUUCCACAACCACGGCAGAAACUCAAACGGCAACCUCAACCAGCACAGGAACGAGCUGCGUUCAAGCAACAGCUCUUCCAGUCUUAUUCAAAGAGCUAGUCACCACUUCGUACGGAGAAAAUGUCUAUAUCUCAGGAUCAAUCAGUCAGCUGGGUAACUGGGACGCAAGCAGUGCGAUCGCCUUGUCUGCAAGCAGUUAUACUUCUGCCAACCCGCUAUGGCAGGCUACCAUCACACUACCGGUCGGGACCCAGUUUUCUUAUAAGUUUAUCAAGAAGUCAAGUGGUUCUACAACAGCCACCUGGGAGAGCGAUCCAAAUCGGUCCUACACUGUGCCAAGUGGAUGUUCAGGUACGACUGCGACUGUCACCGCGACCUGGAGGUAG